AGUAAGCAGAGCAUGGGCAAUAUGUUCUAAUAAUAGCAUCAUUUCUUUCCAGAUCUCUUGUCGUUGCAUUCAAUAAAUAUUUAUCUACAUACUCCUCCUAAUGUCUUCGUCUUCUUCGUCGUCGUCAUCUUCAUCUUUUGUUUAUGCCAGUUUUCCGGCUUGAUAGCUUGUUCUAGUCACAGUUUUCACAGCUCAAGAGAUGAGUAUGACUCAACUAAACGUCGCGUCAUCAAAGGGCUUUAGUAAUCUGAACGAUGAACCUGAUCAUCUAUUAGUCCUUGUUCAUGGCAUCUUGGCGAGUUUUACGAUGCAGCCCAAAUGACUGGAUAUAUGUACAAGCGAAGUUGAAAAAGCGUCUGGGAAGAAAUUAUAUGAUCUAUGCAAGUUCAUGUAAUAGUUACACGAAAACUUUUGGUGGGAUUGAUGGAGCUGGGAAACGUUUAGCAGAUGAGGUACUGCAAAUUGUAAAGAUGAAUAAAAGCCUUAGAAAAAUCUCCUUUUUAGCUCAUUCUCUUGGCGGAUUGUUUACAAGAUAUGCUAUUGCUGUUCUCUAUACACCAACUGUCACGAGUAGUGAUCAGAACAUUGACAAUCUUGUCUGUCCUCCAAAAGAAAAAAGGGCAGAAGUUCCUUUGAAGCAAGGCUUGAUUGCUGGACUACAACCAAUCAAUUUUAUCACUCUGGCAACACCUCAUCUAGGAGUGAGAGGGAGGAAACAGUUUCCAUUAGUCCUGGGAGUAAACAUUCUGGAGAAAAUAGCAGCACCAGUCGCUUCCUUUGUAGUUGGUAAAACUGGUAGCCAACUGUUCCUAACUGAUGGUAAACCCAAUAAACCGCCUCUUCUCUUAAGAAUGGCAUGUGAUUGUGAAGAAGGAAAAUUUAUAUCUUCUCUUGGUGCAUUUACAAGUCGGAUGGUCUAUGCUAACGUGUCUUAUGACCAUCUGGUUGGCUGGCGCACGUCCUCUAUAAGAAGGGAGGCAGAACUUGUCAAGCCUCCUCUGCAGUCUUUAGAUGGUUACAAACAUGUAGUAGAUGUUGAGUAUUGUCCUCCAGUUUCGUCUGAGGGUCCGUAUUUUGCUCCAGAAUUAGCCAAAGCAAAGGAAGCAGCUCAAAACACUCCCACCAUACGCAACACACUUCAGUAUCAUGAAAUUAUUGAAGAGGAAAUGAUACGAGGGCUGCAACGAUUAAGAUGGAAGAAGGUUGAUGUAAACUUUCACUCGACAUUUUGGCCAUUCUUUGCUCACAACAACAUUCAUGUAAAAAGUGAGUGGUUUCAUAAUGCUGGAGCUGGAGUAGUUGCUCAUGUUGCAGAUAGCUUAAGGCGCCAAGAAAAUCAACAAGACUCCUCACUCAUUACUGCAAACUUGUGACAAUAAAGUGCAUGAAGACGGCCUAAUUGUACUGCAAAAUAAUUAUUGAAGUAAGGAUCUAUACAUUGGAUCCAGUAUUAUCACAUUAUCAAACAAGCACUAGUAUUUUCAUCACUAAACAAAGCAAAAGCUGGUUGAUCCAGAAUCGUCCUUGGGUAGGUUGGUUGACGAUAGUAACUGUAUUCGUGAACAUUGUACCCAUUGUAAUAGUUGCACGCAGGCUUAUAGUCGGACGAAGAAUAAGCUGUGGGAUAGCUCUGAAACUGGUUCUUUUCAUAGUUGUAGUACUGAUCAAAAUCUCGGUAAUCAGCAUUGUACUGAUAUGGCCACAGCUCCGCUUGCCUCCCA